AUGAAGUUCAUUGCUGCCUUUUCAUCUCUGCUGGCUCUUGCCAACGGCCUGGCCAUCAAGCGCCAGUCUUGCUCCAACCCAUCCACUCGUGUUGAAUGGCGUGAUUUUUCCGACGACCAGAAGUCCUCUUACAUGGAGGCUGUCAAGUGUCUCAAAGACACCCCGUCCCGUCUGUCCUCGGACUCGGGCUCGGCCAGUCUGUACGAUGACUUUGCGAAUGUCCAUAGACAGUUGGACUCUGAGAUUCACUUCGUUUCUUCAUUCCUUCCCUGGCACAGAUGGUUCCUUUGGCUCUACGAGCAAGCUCUGCAGAAUGACUGCAACUACGACAGCACCGUCCCAUACUGGGACUGGUCUCUCGACUACGCCGACGGCGCUUCCUCCCCCGUCUUCGACGCCGAUACCGGGUUUGGUGGUGAUGGAGACGAGUCGACCCUUUGCGUUGCAUCUGGACCGUUCGUGGAUUUCAAUGUCUCGACCCCUGACAAUCACUGCCUGCAACGCGAGUUCGACAUGUCUGUGCUUGAGCAAUACAACUCGCCGUCUGAAGUCAACACCACUCUCGAAUAUUCUUCAUACUCUGCCUUCCGCCCUGGCAUCGAGAACGGGCUCCACAGAGGCGGACAUGCUGCCAUAGCUGGAGACAUGGCCAACAACUAUUCCCCCAACGAUCCCGUUUUCUUCCUGCACCACGGAGCCAUUGACCGAGUUUGGUGGGAGUGGCAGUCUGCCAACAGUAGCAGACUCACUGAUUACAGCGGCAACAGAUACCAGAACGACUCCGCUAUUGAGGGUUCUCUCUCGGAUGUCUUGUUUAUGGUUGACGGCUGGGUCGACUCUGUUCCCACCGUUGAAGAUGUCAUGUGGGUUCAGAACGACAUCUUCUGCUACACCUACUAG